UGGGCAGCAAAGGUUGCCGACCAUGCAGAAAUCAAGUUACCCGUUAAGAAGAGGAGUUCUAUUUAUAGUCGAAACACCAGGCUCAGAAGCCAGUUGUGGCCUGUGGGCUUUUCUGAAUGUGUCUCAAGUCUUUGGGGGACAAGCCACAAUGCAGAGUGCUGGCUCACCUUCCUCCCACGUCCCCCCUUCUGUAUGUGGCCUCUGCUUCCCCUUUUCAACAGAGUUCCAGAGUGGCUGGAAAGGAGUGAACAAGGUGGAGAGAAAUCCAUGUUCUGCAAAAGGAGAGGACAAGGAGAAUAAUGCUCAACUGGCACAGCUCCGUGAUCCUGUCCGCCUACAUUAUCAUCUUCCUCACCGGCCUCCCUGCCAACCUCCUGGCCCUGCGCGCCUUCGUGGGGCGGGUCCGCCAGCCCCAUCCCGCCCCGGUGCACAUCCUCCUGCUCAGCCUGACCAUGGCGGACCUCCUGCUGCUGCUGCUGCUGCCCUUCAAGAUCAUUGAGGCUGCGUCCAACUUCCGCUGGUACCUGCCUCAGAUCGUCUGUGCCCUCACGGGUUUUGGCUUCUACAGCAGCAUCUACUGCAGCACGUGGCUGCUGGCGGGCAUCAGCAUCGAGCGCUACCUGGGCGUGGCCUUCCCGGUGCAGUACAAGCUCUCCCGCCGGCCCCUGUACGGAGUCAUCGCUGCCCUGAUUGCCUGGUUCAUGUCCUUUGGUCACUGCACCAUUGUGAUCAUCGUUCAGUACUUGAACUCGACCCAGGAGGCCGGAAAUAGAAACGGAAUUACCUGCUACGAGAACUUCACCAAAGAGCAGCUGGCCGUGGUGCUGCCCGUGCGGCUGGAGCUGUGCCUGGUCCUCUUCUUCAUCCCCAUGGCCGUCACCAUCUUCUGCUACUGGCGCUUCGUGCACAUCAUGCUCACCCAGCCCCACGCGGGGGCCCAGCGGCGGCGGCGAGCGGUGGGGCUGGCUGUCAUAACGCUCCUCAACUUCCUGCUGUGCUUCGGGCCUUACAACGUGUCUCACCUGGUGGGGUUUUACUUGAAGGAAAGCCCCCCGUGGCGGGCGGAGGCCGUGGUGUUCAGCUCGCUCAAUGCCAGUCUGGACCCCCUGCUUUUCUACUUCUCUUCUUCGGUGGUGCGCAGAGCGUUCGGAGAAGGACUGAGGCUGCUACGCAAUCAGGGCUCCUCCCUGUUAGGACGCAGAGCCAAAGAGAGAGCAGAGGUGACAAGCGGGGACAGGGGUGUGAGCCAAACAGACGGAGUGCCGAGUUCGGACUUCACCACCGACUAGCGAUUUCUCUGGACCUUCUAGGGCACCCUGGGCUACACAGGAGUUGGGCAGCCUGGGAGAGAGGGAACUUCCAGAGACAGGAAUCCCCAGACCCAACCCACAACUGGCACUUGGUUAACCUCUCUUACCAUCUUGGUGACCCUGCCUGGCUAAAUCUUCCCUCCCAAAGGAGUACAGCUCAGGGGCACAAGAGGAAACACUUAGACCUAGAAGCACUCUCCAGCUAGGGUCUCAGAAGCAAUGGUAGUUGCUAUAAAGUUUGUCCUUGUGGGGUGGUUGGUGUUUGGAGAGGAUGUGUUUGAAGGCAGAGUCCUAAAGUCUUGCCUCAACUUAGAAAUAACACCUAGAUACUGGUCUAGUUGCAGAUGCUGGAAAAAAGUCAAUGGGAAAGAGAUGGAAGAGAAAUACUAAUUGAGAGCAAAAAAGUCUCAAAAAGGUUCUGAGCAAGGGGGUUGGAAGGGAGGACCAGGGGCUUAGAUCUCUAAUGAUCUAGGUUUCACCAUAUUGGUUUGACCUGUUGCUUUGUAAAUGAGCUGCGUUCGUUUCACGUGUCUUUUUGUCUCCCCCAUUAAACUGGGAGCUGUGUGAGCCCUGGGUCACGCUCAUUCUCCAUGACACCCCAUGCAGGCCAGGAUGCGGUCUCGUGUCAUCAAUCUGAGAUCAACACUGACUAGCACAGGAGAAAACUCCCUGGUCUGGCAGAUUGAAAAUAAAGGUAGUAAAAUCCUGAAGUGAGUGUCCACAAUUUUUUGUAGUGCAUCUGCAAGCCCGGGGGAGGGCAAAUGCGGGAUGGAGAAACAGAUGCAUUAGAAACCACAGAAAACUUUUAAGAUGAAGAUGUCAGGAGGGUGAAGCAAGAAAGGGUACUGAUGGAAUUAUGUUUAGAUUGAUGGCUUAGAGGAUGUGGUGGAGUCUUGAUUCAAAGACAUCCAUUUAUCACAGGGGCUUCAGACUUGGUCCCUACUGCUCAGAAACCUGUGGUUCCUUAUCAUCAAAAUUCUUCUUCCAGGGAACUCACAUCCUAUCCAUCCCUUUGUCUGCUUCCUCUCCCUUCCCAAAUCUACCUGCAUAACUCAUUUCUCUGCAAUAAGGAGCCCCUGGCCAGGCAUGGUGGCGCACACCUGUAAUCCCAGUGACUUGGGAGGCUGAGGCAGGAGGAUUGCGAAUUCAAAGUCAGUCUCAGGAAUUUAGUGAGGCCCUCUGCAACUUAUAACCAGUCUCAAAAUAAAAAAUAAGAAGGGGUGGGGAUGUGGCUCAGGGGUUAAGUGCCCCAGUACCAAAACAAGGAUCCCCUGAAUGAACUCACCCCUUAGCCUAGUCAUUUUGGACUCAGGCCAUAUGUUAGAAUUACAAGUGGAGAUGUAAAAAUAAUAGAUAAGCUACUCAACUCUACUGACAGAAGCUCUGGGAGUGGGGCCCCAGCAGGUGAGCUUCAGAGCGUGACUAGGUCAGGAACUAUUGUCAUAGCUCAGAAGUUCAACCUGUCUAAGAAAUUAUUCUUCAGAGAGACUGUCCCUGCAUGUAUGUCCCUCCUCACCUCUAUCCCAUUCUCUCCCAUUUUCUGAUCCCUCACUUCAUCUUCUCUUACCAAACUCCAGUCAACAUUCGCUUUCUCAGAAAGCCUUUCCUGAUUAUUCCCACCCAACUGAAAGCUCAUUUCCUGGUUUCUUUCCUCAAAAGAAGCCUGGACUAGUGAUCUGAGAGCCCAGAUUUCAGUGAUGGUGCACCUUACUAGUCAGAGGACAGGGAGUGAGCCCCAACCUCCAGCGUCCACUCCCAGAUCAUAAUAAUAAGGACCAUGCACACUUCCUGAGCUUGUUCUGAGGACUCAGAUGUGACUGCAGCUGGAAUGCAGUAGAGUGCAUUCUCAGCAUCCAAAAGGCCCUGGUUUAAUCUCCAGCACCAAAAAUUUUUUAUAAAUAUAUUGCAUAUGUGUAUAUUAUUUAUGUGUUUAAUACAAACAUACAUACAUACAUGGUUGCAGAUUUUUAAAAAUGUGAUUGUGGAGGUAAAAUUGCUGAGAAAUUAUAGAAAAUUAUUUAGGUCUAAUAUGCCAAUCCACGUGAAGCACAGAUGUACCCUCACUUAAAAGAAAUAUAAAGUUAAAAAAAUUUAAAUGCUGGAAAUAAUAUGUUAUAUAGCCAACUAUGGGAUAGUUUGGCAAGAAUAUGUGAAAAAAAAUAUGGGAUUUUCCUAUCAUUAUGAAUCUAUGGUGUAUAACCCUGUAAAAAAAUCUAAUUGGAUUUAG